AUCGCAAUUCGAGGGCGGGUCCUUGGGCUAUAUAAAGGAGCCCCGCAGUACGAGAGAUCUUUCCGAGGGAGGUAAGCGAGGAAGUGGGGUUUUGGGUAGUAGUAGCCUGGAUGGGGCAUCCGGGAGCGGCGGCCGGGAGUGGCGGGGGUGUCGGGCGAAAGGCUCUGGGCGAGGCCUUAGGAUCCUCCUUUUCUUGGCGGGGAUCGGGCUUGUGGUACCGCUCCCCGUAAUGUAUGGAGGAAGAGGGAAAGGGCUCUGGCCCCCUCGGCGUCAUGUCUUCGGUGCCGGCGGCUUCCCAUCCGCUGGUUCUAUCCUCAAGCGCCGGGACACCGGGAAUCUCGGACCGGGACAACCGAGAUCCAGCUGGCUCCUCCAUGGGGGUGCUCACAUGUUCUCAUUUGAUUUCAGGUCUGCGGACGCUGUAUCCCCUCUUCUACUUCCCGCUGCAGCCAAUAAAGGCCGUUCCUACCAUAGUCAGUCUGUGUCCGCGUUCCUUUUUCCGAGACUGAAGAGUUCGGGGAAGCUGUAUGCCGCCUUUCGCUACGCGGAAUUUGCAGAUCUUCCCCUGGACCUCGGGCCUCUGGAUGGAGUAGGGUGGACGCUUCACACAAGGUUCUCUGGUCGAACUUAACUAACCUCCAGAUGGCUGCGCUGCGUCGAAUGCUCCACUUGCCGAGCCUGAUGAUGGGGAUGUGCCACCCCUUUCCGGACUCACUGGCUGGUAGCUGCCUGGCGGACCGCUGUCUCUGGGAUCGGCUGCAUGCCCAGCCCCGUUUGGGCACUGUCCCCACCUUCGACUGGUUCUUUGGAUACGAGGAAGUCCAGGGGCUCCUACUACCGUUGCUGCAGGAGGCACGGGCUGCCACUCCUCUGCGGGUGCUGGAUGUGGGCUGUGGGACCUCCAGCCUAUGUACAGGCCUCUACACCAAAUCUCCACACCCAGUGGAUGUGUUAGGGGUGGACUUUUCUCCUGUGGCUGUGGCCUACAUGAACAGCCUCCUGGAGGGUGGCCAAGGCCAAACACCUCUAUGCCCUGGGCACCCUGCCUCCAGCCUCCACUUCAUGCACGCCGAUGCCCAGAACCUGGGGUCUGUAGCUUCUUCAGGCUCUUUCCAACUACUGCUGGACAAGGGCACCUGGGAUGCUGUUGCCAGGGGAGGUCUGCCUAGGGCUUACCAGCUGCUAUCAGAAUGCUUGCGGGUUCUAAACCCUCAGGGGACCCUAAUUCAGUUCUCGGAUGAGGACCCUGAUGUGCGACUGCCCUGCCUGGAACAAGGGUCCUGUGGCUGGGCUGUGACUGUGCAGGAGCUAGGCCCUUUCAAGGGCAUCACCUACUUUGCUUACUUGAUUCAAGGCUGUCAUUAAAGACAUUUUAGUAGUCCUAA